AUCGUCGGAUCUUCGUCAUAUGUAAAUAUUUACAUUCUUGUUUUUUUUUGUGUUGUCCUUAGACGGCUAAGACCAAUCACGGUCCAUCUCGCCCAUUCUUGUUUUUAUUGAAAUUUUGAGCUUUCUGCAGUGAUAUUUUGUUCGUCCUAUUUCUUCAGCAUCACAAUGCUGCGUUCGUGCUGUAUCCCAGUCUGUAAGAAUGCAAAAUUAGGCGCUGAUCAGAGCAUAGGUUUUCAUCUGUUUCCAACGAAUACGGAGCUACGACACAAAUGGGUUGAAUUUCUUGGCUUAGAUUGUAAAAAGUUCCGCUGGAGACAAAAGUAUGUCUGUUCUGAGCACUUUCUACUUUCGGAACUGAUUGAGAAUAACGGACAGAAGCAGUUGCUAGAUGGAGCCAUUCCAUCAAUAUAUUCCGCUGAUGAAUGUGACGAAGAUUUGGAAUACCUUGAUUAUGAUUAUCUAACAGACACGGAUCGACCAAUUGAACGUGAUAAUCUGGUUUCGGAGAACGCAGCCCGAACGCAUAUGGAAGACGUCAAAUUAUGGACUUUGUUUUGUAGAAUCUGUCUGAAAAAACGGUCCGAGCUGUUGUCACUUAACUCAAUGCUACACAACGUCGCACUAAUAGAUAUCAUCUACACAGUCACAGGUCUUAGCCUAGAUGUUGGUGUUAAGUUGCCUAUGAAAAUCUGUACGAGUUGCGUCUGUAAGCUAGACUUGGCCUUUAACGUAAGGAUUGAAAUCAUGCAUUUCGAUCUAAUUCUAAAGAAUAUGAUUGAAACUGGACAAUUGGAUAGUUAUUACGAAACUUACGAUGACCAUCUCUUUGACGUUAAGAGUCCAAACGAAUCCUACUUGAGUGAGUUAAUAAAGAAGGUUGAAGGGUACCCGGCUCCAAUGUUUCAGGAACACGAAAAACAAUUGACACUGCCUGAAUUAAUCGAAAAAGUUCACGCACAAGAACAAUCAACUGCAAUUGUUUCCAUGCCCUCUAAUGAAGAGUUGGAAUGUAUUAAUGAGCCCAUGCAAGAGGAACAUUUGGAGAACGAUCAAGAAGAACAAGCAACAAUUGAUUCAAAGGAACAGAUCAUAAAAGAAUCUACCGAAGAAAGCGUUGCAUUCGUGCAAUGCGAUAAUUCUUUCGAUUUGAAGCAGGAGUUCACUUCCGAUUCAGAAGAUGAACGCAGCUCAGCUCCAAAACGAUACGUGUUUUCUUGGAAAGAACUCUACAAGCCAAAAAUCAUUCCCAAAAAGCGUAGAAAUAUUCCAGAGUUACCUAAACCAGAGCUUAUACCAAAUACCUGCUAUAUAUGUAACAGUUCCUACGAAGAUGGUAAUGCGCUGGAAUCACACUUCGAAGAGCACGUCAGCAUUCUACCAUACACAUGCGAGCAGUGCAACACGGAAGCGCACCCGCAAGUGUUUAGAACGCUGAUUUCGCUCAAUAGGCACCUUCGAUCGCACCUCUACCCAUUUCUGUGUGAGCACUGUCCUUUACGGUUUUACACAAAGGCUAGUUAUACAACACAUUUGGAAGAAAAACACGAGACUGGCAGGGAUGGGUCUACUUGCAAUAUUUGUGGGCGGUAUUUUGCAGCGAAACGACCAUUCCUUAAACACAUGGCGGAUCACAGGAUAAUUGACAGUGCCAAAUAUAAGUGUGAAAACUGCGGCAAAAUAUUUCGAGAUGGUGGAUUACUUAGAAGGCACGUAAGAAUUCACACAGGGGAACAGCCUUUUGAAUGUAAGAAAUGUGGUAGAAGAUUCAACCACGAGGCCAAUUUCCAGAACCACAAACGACUUCACAUCGGAGAAAAGGCUUACAUCUGCAGUGAGUGUGGUAAAAAUUUCGUCAACGCAACAGCACUCCGUUACCAUAUGGCUGACCAUUUUCCGAACGAUCCACAAUAUCGAGUUCAAAAUCAGAGGUUCAAUGACGGUAAAUUGAAGAAUCCGAAGUUCUACGCUUGUCCGGUUGAAGGCUGCAGUUUCGUUUCGAGCGUAUACGUUGCUUACAGCGACCAUCGCAACAAACACAUGGCCAGACACCAGUGUGCGAUUUGUCAGAAAAAAUUCGGCUCUAAAAGUAUACUUGCGAGACAUACUGCAAUAAUUCACGAAGGUAUUGUUCCGGAGAAGAACCUUCCCUGUCCUUACUGUAGCAAGUGCUUUAGCAACAAACGUCAUUUGCGACUGCAUAUUGACGUCCACGAAAAUAACCGCAGGUUCAAGUGUAGCUUUUGCGAAAAGACUUUUAUCCAGAAGAUAAAUUGUGUGGUACACGAGAGAACACAUACCGGCGAACGGCCAUCUGUGUGUCGAAUUUGUCCAGCAAAAUUCAUCACUUCAUCGAACAGGAAUAAGCACGAGAAACUUUGUCAUUUCAGAAACGAAUCUGAGGAAAUCAACGUGAUCGGGUGCGUGAAGCACCUUUGUGAAGGUGAUGGUUACAUUGGUGAAAUAGACGUUGAGACCUAGCGGAUAAAGUGCCACGGUGAUGACAAAAAACAAUGAAUCAUUGUUAGUGUUAGAUGUUAGAAUUAUUUAAAAAUGAAUUCAGAUAUUGUGAAUAUAGCUAUUUUUCUAGUUGAACUCUUA